AUGUCGCAGUCAAAACCAGUUUCUACUAAUGGCAAUAACAAUCCUCCUCCUCCUCUUCCAAUUAUUAGGGUGUCAAAGAUUUAUGGCUACCUUACCCUUGUUCAGGUUGGUACGGCAGCUGUUUUUACGACCUUCCUAGUUACUCAUUUGAGUGCAACGGCUUUAGCCACUCUCGGCGGUAUUGAACUUACCAAUAAGACGAUCGUUCUCGGUAGAGUGUAUUACCAAAAUAGAUUCCUGGAACCUAUUAUCGUAGCUGGUUCAUUUUGGGGACAUAUACUCUCAGGGUUAAUUAAACGAGGCAUCAAACUAUAUUGGAAAUAUAAGAAACAAGAUACACGCAACUUAGCUGGAGAGGCCCACGAAAAGGUUGAAAUGAUUGUUACUGAUGGGCCAAAUGAACAAGGCGUGGUUGUUCGUAAGACCAUGAAAAAAACUACUACGACCAUUACCGGAUCGUAUAUAUCAAGAGCUAUAGUAUUAUUACUUCCAUAUCAUCAUUUAGCUGGAUAUCUUUUAAUUCCGUUUGUUUUAAGCCAUGCUUUUAUUCAUCGUGUGCUUCCAAGACGUCACUUUGGUGAUUCCUCGAUGAUCAAUGCAUCAUAUGUUACACUCGCCCUCAAGAAAUGGCCUCGUUCAACGUAUUUAACAUUUACGAUGUUGAUCGGGUUAGGCGUUUACCAUGUUUGCAGCGGUGCGCCUGUUGUGUAUAAGAUCCUAAGGGGUUCCAUAAUAAAAAAUAGUGAUAAGCCAACUUCAGAAGCAACAAAGAAACGACUUCGGAUCAUCAGAAAUGGGGUUAUUGUUUCUUCAAUUGGGUUAUUAGCAACUGGUUUGCUCGUUAUUGGUGGAAAAUUGAGACGUGAAAAUAUUAAAAUUCCUUUACGUCCUGAAUAUUUAAAGGUUUAUGGGCAUGUUUACCCACAAAGUUGGGUGAGAUACUAG